ACAAAUGUCUGUGUAUAUAGGUAUAUGGUAUGUGCGCAUAUGCUACGAUUAUAAGUUGUUUCAAUCGACACAUUAGCAUGCGCUAUGAAGUCAUUGGGCGGGUCUGACACGUUCGCGGUUCGACAAGUUUAUUCUCCAUAUCACCAUUGCGGGUUCGGCUCCUAAGUCUUUUGUUUGGUCGUCUAAUUCGCAUUCAAGUUUCUGGCUUUCUCAAAURCUUACAACAAACACAUAUACCCAUUCACAUACAAACACACACGAGGAUUCAAGUAUUUGUAAAUAGUUGUCACGGAAUGUUGCCGUUAGAUUCGAAACGCGUUUGCUUUUCUGUGCUCAAUUUUCAACCUCGAUACACACAUACAUUUGUAUAUCAAUAUAUUCUAUGAAACGAGAACCUGAUGGUCAAUUUGGCUUAAUACUAUUGAAUGAGACAGCGGCAACAAGCACACAAACAAUAMUAUAUAGAAAACACAAAAAUAAGCAAACAAACGCCACCCUUAUAUCUUAUAUCUGCGAGUCAGCAAAAUUUGGGCGUUUUGCAGAUUCCGUAUAUCAUUUGAAUGUGUUGAAUUCCGCGUAUUCAUUGCAAUUCAAGGUGACGCACAAAUUAACACAAAAUGAAAUGUGAAAAAAGCAUUAAAUUCAAAUAAAGUGAGUGAGUCAAGAUAAAGUGAUCAUCGCAAACCAAACAAGCUACAACCUGUGAGCGUAGUAAUCGAAGAAACCAAAACGCAACAGAAACAAAUGCAAAAAAUGCAUAAUUUUUAUCUAAUCUAUAAUUUUACCUUUUAAAAUUGUAAUCGAAUCGUGAAAUCAUCAUGAGAAAUGUAAAUAAUUUUAACUGACGUUAAACGAAAAACAACAAUAAUUACACACAAAUGGAAGCGAAAUUUGAUCAAUGUCAAACAGCGUGGUUGUGCGUGUCUGUGUUUCACGAUUCUCAAAGCAAUUAACACUGGGUGCGUUUACGAAUGUUAACCACACACAUUACACAUACACUUAAACAUACAUUAUAAAACGCAAGAAUCAAGUGUUAAAGAUUAAAAUCACAAAAAAGUGGAAUAAGUCACAGCCGCAAUGGAGGUGUAUGCUGAGGGACCGCAAAAGAGCGAAGAGGACGCUUCGAAGUACAUGCUGGAUGACUUACAACUUGCCGCGGAGCUAGGCAAGACGCUGCUGGAGCGCAAUAAAGAGCUCGAGUCGUUGGUCAAAGAGCUGAAGGGUACYAUCGAUGAGCAGCAACAGGAAAUUGUGUACUUGAAGAAACACACGACCGCAUUGCGCGAGGUCAAUGACACGCGUUUGAAAGUGUAUGAGCAAUUAGAUAUUGGCAUACAGGAUCUGGAACGCGCAAACCAGCGUUUGACCGCUGAAAAUACCAGCGACAAGAAGCAUAUUAAAACACUUGUACAAAAUAUUGAGGCACUUGAGGCGCGGCAAGAUGAGCUCAAUAAGCAAUUGGAGGAGCUCCGUCAAGCGCUCUCAAUGGAGCGGCGAAAGAACGAACGUCUCAGCAGUGCCAACGAGAGACGCAAUGCCGCCGGUGUGGCCAAUGACUCCCAUAGGAACAAUGGAGUGCUGGAUGGUAGUGCGGUCGAAGAGCCUACUUCAACCAGCAAUAGCAACGAGAGCAGCAGUGAAAUGUGCUUCGAAGCCAACACUACGGCGCCUGAGAACUGUAGUUUUGCGUUCCGGUCGACGGCGCCCGCGGACAGCAAGGCUAAUUCAACCAGUAUCGGCGCCCACCAGAGUCAUGACAAUUCAAUGGCGUUGAGUGACUUGGUGUGCAGCGCAGAUGACGGUGAAGAAAUCAUAAAGCUUGUCAAUGACUUAGAGAUGACGAAAAAGGCGUUUUUGGCCGAGCAGCAACGUUGCACAGAGUUGGAAGAGCAACUAGUGGCCAUAAUUCAAGAGAAUCAAAUGUUGCAAAGCCGAUUGGCGAACAAUAGUCCCAACGAGGAGAUGCGGUCAAUGCAAGAAGAGCUUUCCGUACUGGAUGAAGUGCGGCAAGGGAAGAUGUGCAGUCGCUGCAUGCGCGUUGUUGAGGAGCGGGGCACCAUUGGUGACGAGCAGUCGUCACUAGCCCCCACUGAGGAGUACCACGAGGAUGAGGAACGAAGUUUGCUCGAUAACGGUAGCGAAUGCUCACAGGCCGCCUAUCGUCCCGGUGUAUCGAUUAAGGUCUCUCAACGCAUUGCUGACUCAUUGGAUCUGAGUAUCCCCAGCAGCCCAAAUCCGUACCGAGAAUUGGUAGAGAAAUACGAAGCUUUGCUUGAGGUUCAAUGUUCGGCUAUCGUGCGUAAGAAUACUACCAUGGGCGGCGCUGUCGGCAGUGGCAGUGGCAGUGGGGGUGAUGGAAUGUCACUCGCCGACGAGUUCCAAUCGUCGGGUGAAUUUAGUCAGUCACAAAAGUCGCACACGUUAUCCUCCGUUGCCGAUGAGACCACAGCCGAUGAGAGCUGUGGUGCUGGUUCGGCAGUUGGCAGKUCCUCUGCAGCCGAGGUGCAGAAUGGUGGUGAUUCAAGUUUACCUUCAUCCAAUGAUGCCAACACCACUAAAGUAGUGAACAGUACGAAGGAUAUGCGAGGCCGUACGCCUACUGAAUACUCAGAGGCGGAAACUUCUUCUUCUGGUUAUGCCGAUGAAACUAGUAAUAAGUCGACGCAGACAGAAAACCGACCUGGUUCUUUUCUUUGCACUAUCGGUGAUGGCGAGGUGUGCAAGUUUAGUAUUUAUGAUGAUGCCAGUCCAAUUGAAUCGCAUUUCCGUAAUCGUCCCGAAUACAAGGAACUAUUCAAAGAGAUUUUCGCUGUACUGAAGAAAGCGGCUACUAAUAAGGAGGAGGGAGAGAGAUUGCCUUUGCUCGACGACACCGAGCCAGCCGCAACUAGUACGUGUACCGCCGCCAAGGUGCCGCCAGUGACACCUGCCAAUGAGGAGCUGCCAAUAGGUUUUGAAGAUGACGCACAAAGCAUUAUUUCAUCAGCGGUGUCCGAACAWUCGUUUGCCAUGUCCGAGUGUAUAACCAAGUUGGAACGCAAGACCGCGAAGAAGCACAUCAUCGAGAAGAAUCAAGAAAAUCAACCCCCAUCGCUGCUGGGCACUUCUAUAACAACAUUAGUUGUUGGCGGUAAAUCGCCAAUAGUUGAAAAUGGUCGUGUUCUGACACCAUUGAAACGGGAACCGCUUGAAUAUCUGUCAGUGGGGGUAGGCAUAAAGAAGAAAAAUCGUCGUAAGAACCGCAACUUUAGCGGCGAUCGCUCCGAGUCUCCAGCCACGCUGCCGUCACCACCACGCUUUUUCAUUGCGAGCGGUAAGAAACGACGUGAUGUUCGUCCAUAUGUCCAAUCACCAUUGGCGAACACCUCUUCCGAUCAACCACGCUCCUCACGCAGCUCUGGCGGCGCACACUAUGAAUGGAGUGGCAACUCGAUGGUCAUUUACAAUCGCAGUUUGAAUUCACCUGGCACACAGUCGUCAUUACGAGGACGAGAAAUGGAUUUGAGCAAUCUUGAGUACCGACCUAGCUUCCUCUCCAGGGAGCUAAACCAGCUGAAGAAUUUGGAGAUGUCGUACGCCGAGGUUCUGCGCAGCGCCGAUAGCUGCAAGCACAGCCACUGCCAAUCGGCCUCACAUCAUCACCAUCAUCAUCAUUCACAGCAACAACAGCAGCAACAUCACUCACAGCAAAAACAACAMAAACAACAAAAACUGCAGCGAAAUCGCAAAAACUAAGCAAGUAGAGACAAAUGAUGAGCAAGCAGGUCUUUUUCGCCAACGAAAAGUCCUUUCCCCAUUGUCAAGUCUGCAUUUGAUUUCCGCUCAAUAUCCAUAAUUGGAUCUAUGUAAUCUAAAAAAUAUAAAACUAAGAACAUAAGAACAAAUACAUACAUACAUACAAACAUGUAUAAGCGUACUAGCCCUAAUUAGUAUUUGAAUAGUUUGAAGAAGUAAACUUUUUGCCCCCACCCAACUAGUUAGGAAAAGCGAAGAGAAGCACAGCAGUAGUAUUGAAACUGAAACAAAAACAAUAAACAUAAUCACAUAUACAUAUGUAUAACAAACCAUAAUAUUCCUACGGCUAAUUCAAUGUAAACUCAUAAAAAAGACAUUACAAUACAAACACGCACUCUAAUGAGAAGCAACUGCUAAAUUGGAGUCCUGAACAAUAUAUACACAUACACACAUAAGCCACAACUGUAAUAAUGAUUCCCAUUCAGUGUGUUUUCCUUGGAAUAUCACAAAUGUCAAAAGUUCAGUCCGGGAGCAAUUUGUUCCAUUGUAACUAGGUGUUUGGACAUGACCAAGCA